UUUUUUUUUCUGUCUAAUCGCAUUUGGAGUAUUUACGGUUUGCUUAUAGAGAUAAAUCAACAAUCAAAUUUUAUCUGCUUCUAUUCUUCAUUGUUGGUACUCGAGUCCGACUGCAAUAAAAUUCACUAAUCAUAAUAAAAUUAUUAAUAAAUAAAUAAAUAUAGAGAAAAAUAAAAUUACAAAUAAUAAGAAAUAUGUUAUGACUACGAUAUUUGGCUGCUUUUUAAACCUAUGUAGACCACUGACGUACACAAGUUGAAUCAACUGAUUGUCGACAGUGUAUGUACUAAAUUAUAGAAAGAUUCAUAUUAUUAUAUUUUGGCUCGAAUUUUUUGUAUAUCUUUCGAGAAAGUUGUGUAUGCUGUUGGUAAACCUGCCUAACUACGCCUCAUAACCACGACGAACAUCUAAACGAGAUUUUUUUGCCUGUUGUGAAUAAACAGGAGAAAUCAUAGCGUCUUCAUCGAAGUUAAGAACAAAGGUUUAAAAAAUUUCACACAAACAUCUCACGUAAAAUAGCUUAGUAAAGUUGACGACGACGACGACGAUGAUGCAGCGAUGGCAAGUGAAGCUACUGGCCAUACUUCUGACACUGGCUCUCAUGCUUGUCGUUGUUUUCAUCCCUUUCAAAAUUAUGGCUUGCUUCAAGAAACUUGGCAGUAGAGGUACAAGACUGUUAGUGACGUUGAGUUGUUUCACUGGAGGUGUCUUCCUAGGCACAUGUCUGCUCUUCCUCAUUCCUGAAGUCUUCCACCUUAUGACGGAGCCUUACUACGGUUUCGAACAUUUCCCGAUGGCCGAAACAACGAUCGGCGUUGGUUUCAUGUUCAUCAUGUUCCUCGAACGAUUUGUUCAUUCCUGCAAACGGAAAAAAACGAAAAAAAUUAACCGAGAGGUGCAAACGAACGGCUGCAACGGUUCGACGGCAACUCCAAGUCCCGCCAUUCACGAAAUUAAUAAUAACGAAAAAGAUGUACAAACACUCGUGCAAUCGAACGGCGAAACGAAAUAUUUCCAGGUGGAGUUGGACAACCGCCUCGAUGAGGAGGAGACAGCAUCAGUCGAUUCGCUCACUGAUGAAAGUGCAACAAAAGUCAUAAUACUCUUUCUCGCCCUGGCUCUCGAUGAAUUCUUGGGUGGAAUAAGUCUCGGUCUGCAGAGGACCUCAGGUGCUGUGUGGGGGGUUCUGGUUGGACUCCUGGCUCACGAAUGCGUGGUGGGAUUCAGCUACGGACUGCAGUUGGCGGGACUCGUGAGCAAGAAACCUUGCUUGUCUUACACCUUGGGGGCUAUGUACGCCCUGAUGUCUCCAGUCGGGUCCGUCGUAGGCAUGAUGAUUGGCGAAUUUGUAUUCAGCGAAAGUAUAAAUUUCGUAAACGGCGUUCUACAGGGUAUCGCCACCGGUGUGUUCUUAUACGUCACGUUUUUUGAGAUUUUAGAAGGUAAAGUGAACUCGAAAAGUACCUACAAAGAUCUACUGGCUGUUUCGGCCGGAUUCUUUAUAAUGGUGUUCAUCGCGCUGAUACCAAGAGAAGGUAGCAUGAAACAAACAGAUGCAGACUAUCUACUCGAACAUAUGAACAACAAAACAACAGUUCAACAGACGACGUACGCCUGAGCGAGGCACUUGAAGGCAUGCAUGCACGCGUGGCAAGCAUCAACGGAUUGUAAAUUUAAUUCCGUACCUAUAAUAACUUCAUCAAAUAUGUAUAACAACUUUUUGGAUCUUAAUUGUGAUAAUUCUUAAAAAAAAAAUUGGAAGAUAACUUUAAAUGAAGAUAGAUCAUUUUUUUUAUAAAUAACAUCCAAUAAUGAACUAUGUAUAUUCAUGUAGAACAAUUAUAAACUAAAAGUUUUUUGGAACAAUGGAUUACAAAAGCUUGAACUUCCAACAAUCAACAAAUGAAAAAAACAUUCAUAACGAUUGCGCACAUAAAUUAAACACAAUAAAACGCAAAUUCAUCAUAUUAUUAUCAUUAAUAAUGACUGAAAAUAUAAUUUUAAAAUAAAAACUAUCUAUCUAAAUGCA